UUCCUAGAGCCGAGACCUAGGGACCUAGGGAGGGAGAGGCCAGGCCGCCGCCCCAGAGACGCGACGCGCUUGCUGAAGUCGAGCCCGGCCGGUGCCGUCUGUCGCCGCCGCCAUGGGCUGCACGCUGAGCGCCGAGGACAAGGCGGCGGUGGAGCGGAGCAAGAUGAUCGACCGCGACCUGCGGGUGGACGGGGAGAAGGCGGCCAAGGAAGUCAAACUGCUGCUGCUCGGUGCUGGAGAAUCUGGUAAAAGCACCAUUGUGAAACAGAUGAAGAUUAUUCAUGAGGAUGGCUAUUCAGAGGAUGAAUGUAAACAGUAUAAAGUAGUUGUCUACAGUAAUACUAUUCAGUCUAUCAUUGCAAUCAUAAGAGCCAUGGGACGACUGCAUAUUGACUUUGGGGAAGCUGCCAGAGCAGAUGAUGCCCGACAGUUAUUCGUCUUAGCUGGCAGUGCUGAAGAAGGGGUCAUGACUCCAGAACUAGCCGGAGUCAUCAGGCGAUUAUGGCUGGAUGGCGGGGUGCAAGCGUGCUUCAGCAGAUCUAGAGAGUAUCAGCUCAAUGAUUCUGCUUCCUAUUACCUAAAUGAUUUGGACAGAAUAUCCCAAAACAGCUACAUUCCAACACAGCAGGAUGUCCUGCGGACAAGAGUGAAGACCACGGGCAUUGUGGAAACUCAUUUCACCUUCAAAGAGCUGUACUUCAAGAUGUUCGAUGUAGGUGGCCAGAGAUCAGAACGAAAAAAGUGGAUUCACUGUUUUGAGGGAGUGACAGCAAUUAUCUUCUGUGUGGCUCUCAGUGAUUAUGACCUUGUUCUGGCUGAGGAUGAGGAGAUGAACCGCAUGCAUGAAAGCAUGAAAUUGUUUGACAGCAUUUGUAACAACAAAUGGUUUACAGACACUUCAAUCAUUCUCUUCCUCAACAAAAAAGACCUGUUUGAGGAAAAAAUAAAGAGGAGCCCAUUAACUAUCUGUUAUCCAGAAUAUACAGGUUCCAAUACAUACGAAGAAGCAGCUGCUUACAUCCAGUGCCAGUUUGAAGACCUGAAUAGAAGAAAAGAUACCAAGGAGAUCUACACCCACUUCACCUGUGCCACAGACACCAAGAAUGUGCAGUUUGUUUUCGAUGCUGUUACAGAUGUCAUCAUUAAAAACAACUUGAAGGAAUGUGGACUUUAUUGAAGAGUGUUGAUCUUUGUAAAAGUUAUUGCGGUGUGGAGUGUUGCCAGACUUCUUUUGCUGUUCUCGUGACACAGCUGCAAGCAUGAACGGGACCAGGGAAUGGCAGUGGCAUGCAGAAUAUUAGCACUCUUUAGCACAAUCUUUGUAUUAGAGAACUCUCCAUUGAACUGAGUUGCUAACGUCAGAUAUUGGAAUUGGAAUGCCCGUCAAGUUUGACUUUUGCAAGCCAUCUGUUGCAUUACAUAUCCGCAAAUGUGUAAGGCAAAUAUGAGGUUGAGGUGCUGCGUUCCAGAACUUCAGUAUGUAGCUUACUCUCUUUUCCCCUUCUCUCCAGACUACCAAUGCAUCAUUUUUAAAGUUUUUUUUUAUCGAAAGAAGAGUAACUUUACUAAAUUUUACUUCUUUGCGAAAGAACCUUUAUUAAAACACAGCGUCUUAACUAUGAACAUGAUCUGACCAGAUCAUCUUAAGGGUUCCUCUUAGUAGGAACUCAUCGUUUUUAAAUGUUGGUUGGGUUAGAAUAUAAUAAUUUCCACAAACACUUAAUUCUUUACAGUUGAGACUACAGUGACGGCUCUUUUGAGGAUGAAAUUCGUAGUACUGUCCUGCUCAGAAUAUCACUGGUCUUAUUUCUAAACGGUAUUUACCUUGGGGAGCUUGUAUGACGUAUACUAGCUCUCUUUUUAUAAGCUUACCAUGCAAGGUUAACCUGGUUUAUGCUGAUACCAAAUUAGUAGAUAAAUGUUGAUGUAAUAUGAUCAAGUCAGCUUCUUGAAUACAAACACACUGAGGAUAGCUGUCAAUUAGGCAAAUUGCUAAUUUCCAAAUAGAACCAGUGACUUUGCUGCUACAUGUUACCUUACUAAAUUGACUGCUUAGAUUUUUGCUUGUUUGUCUCAAUCAUAGGGGAUGUUGUAAAAGAAGCCCUUGUUUUCCAUCUUUCAUGGCCUUUUCUGUUGGGAAACAUUGAAGUAUAUUAACAGUGCAUGUUUUUACUUUGUGAACAUGGUGCCAAGUCCCUGUUUGCCAUCGUUUUUAAAUGUAGCGGUGUUCAUUGUAUUAAUCCUUAGCCAGUAUCUCCUUUUGCUGAAAUUACUGCAUUUGGGUCAUUUUUCCAUUAUGUUGUGUGUAUAGAUUUUAAUCUGUUAUAGUUGGCAGCAGUAUUAAAAUGAUGAGAGUAAAGUCCAGGUUUGUUCCUAUUUGUAAACACUCAUUCUAGAAAUGUUUUCUUCUGUUUAUACCUCCGCUGACUCUGCUUUUGUUCAAUCUUUUAGAUAGAUAUCUAAACUUUGAGAUAGUUUAGAUAGAUGCAUUUCCUGAAAGUCUAGUCCGUUGCUGUAAUGUGUUGUUUGUAAGUCAAGGGACUUACUGAGUGUCUGUUGUCAUAUCUGUAUACGUGACACUUAGUCGAAACUCAUUUUCCAGAUUUACCUUUCGGUGUGUGCAGAGCUAUAUUCACUUAGCCUGCAAGUCCUUUUGUACAAUGUACAGCAAAUUCAUUAAAUAUUGAAUGAUUCUUAGGGGGAAGGGAAAUAAAGAGAAUACAUGUAAGCUU